CGAAGACUGCGAAGCCGCCCGAUCUGUCCUUCGAACGACCCCGAACCAGUGGGAGCACGACGGCGACCGGGGAGAUGUCGCCGGUGGCGACGGCCGUGCCCUGCUAGAGCGAGGAGGAUGAGCGGCGGCCGCUUCGACUUCGACGAUGGCGGCACCUACUGCGGCGGCUGGGAGGACGGCAAGGCGCACGGUCACGGCGUCUGCACGGGCCCCAAGGGCCAGGGCGAGUACUGCGGCUCAUGGCACUACGGCUGGGUGUCCGGCGUCUACACGUGGCCCUCAGGCAGUGGCUACGAGGGUCAGUGGCAAAACGGCAAGCGCCACGGCUUGGGCGUCGAAACGCGCGGCCGCUGGCGCUACCGCGGCGAGUGGACGCAGGGCUUCAAGGGCCGCUACGGCGUGCGCCAGUCGCUCAUCUCCGGCGCCAAGUACGAGGGCACCUGGGCCAACGGCCUCCAGGACGGCUACGGGUCCGAGACGUACGCCGACGGAGGUCAGUCCGCCCGACCUUGGGCGCCACCGUCAACUAUUCUCGCGCUAACUCCGGUGGCCUUACCUGGCGUCGCGGCCUGUAACCAUGGUGACCGAGACGCCCUGCUGGCCACAUCCCUGGCCUCUCGGUCUCCUGGCUUUAGGGCCAUACAGUACACCGCGUGCACUGAGGGCAGAGCCCGCGAGUCGGCCUCUGGCUAUUUAUAA